UGUGUGUGGCCCUUCCCGUGAAACAGAAUGCCAGAGACGGUGAACUUGUGUUCAUCUCUGAGAUCUUUAUACCCAGAGAUCCCAGCUUUUGGUCGCCACAAUAUCUUCCGUCAAAUCCCAUCUUUUUCCCAGCCGAGAAAAUUUCUCUGUUUUCCCGAGAAAAUUGGCGUGUUUGCCGAGGGAAUACGAGCUGUCCACGCCAUAGAGCAGGAUGGUACCUUGCAAGAGCUCGAUGACUCGCCCGUCUCGGUCGAGCCCCUGCCGAUCUGCGGCGAGGACCAGUUUGAUCGGGUUAUGGCUGAUGCUCAGGAGCUCGGCGAAUCCGUUGUGAUUGUCUGGAUGGCAGCCUGGUGCAGGAAAUGUAUAUACCUAAAGCCGAAAUUGGAAAAGCUGGCUGCCGAAUACUACCCGAGAUUGCGGUUUUAUCAUGUUGAUGUGAACGCAGUUCCCUACAGACUUGUUUCUCGUGCAGGAGUUACGAAAAUGCCAACCAUACAGCUAUGGAGAAACAACGAGAAACAAGCAGAGAUUAUCGGCGGCCACAAAGCACACUUUGUCAUCAACGAAGUCCGGGAGAUGAUAGAAAACGGCGAUUCAACCAAUUGAAAAUCAUGAAUCCUUUAUCUUUGAUUCGCCUUUUCUUUAGUUGAAAAUGAUAAACAGCCUGGUGGCUGUGCGCACGACCCUGAGUGAAGCCCCUCGACACAAACCAACGUCGUCUACACCAAAAAAAAAAUGGAGAAGGAUUCAGUUCCUGAUGGUGUAGCUGUAAGAACUAAGAACUAAGAACUGGUUUUUGUCAUCUGUUUUCAGGUUCUGUGAACUUUUUUGCUGCACAUUGGAGUUAGAAACUAGUGUUUUAAACCUUUUGUCCGAAGGAAAUUUUUUUUUUUUUGUAUUUCUUAGUUUCUUCAAUGUGAUAAAUGUUUUUUUUUUCCUUCUAUUUACAGUUUUUGGAAUUCUAAGGAAUCUGAGGUUUCUGAAAA